AUGGGAAUAGAAGAAGGAAUAACAGAACAAAGCACAAAGUCCGGCAUAGAGCAAUACGAACUUUCAUCUAUCAUUUCCUUCGUUCCGGACAUUGCCUUUUUGAAAAAAAAAAAGUGCAAAUGCGAAUAUCUAUAUCAGGGGUGGGCAAUUAAUUUUUCCAGGAGAUCACAUAAAAUAUUAGAAUGGUUUUCGAGGGUUGGACUAAUAUACUUAAUUCAGUUUUAUCCAAUACCGUAUCCGUAUGAUGAACUUGUGAUGAAAGACCAAUGGACUUUAACAUUGAAAGAUUUUGGCUGGCAUACCAAUUUAUGA